AGGUCAAGAAGAGCAGCGGUGUCGACACUUAGGACUCUCGACUCAACAGCACGAGGAUUAUCGAUAUUUAUUAUCAUUUCUUUUAGUUUGUUUGUGACUUCGGCGACAUGUUUUCAAUGUGUCCAAAAACGUUGCUAUUGGUGCUGGUGUGCGCGCGCGCUGCCUCGGCUGGAGGCAAUAACGGCAGCGCACGAGGGAGGACCUUCACCGCCUUCGACCGUUCGGCCACGGAUGAACCGAUCGAUCUGACCGGCGUGUUUGGCGACGGAGACGACUAUGACGUCGCCGCCGACUGGAACCGCUCCCGGCCGAGGAACGCCAGCUUCUCUGUGCAGAUGCACAUUUCCGACGAGGCGCUGCAGUUCUUGACGGGCCCCGUGUCCACCGUCCUCAUCCCGUCCUUCUACGCGCUGGUCUGCCUCUUCAGCGUGCCCAUCAACGUCUGCGCGGUCCUGGCCUUCGCUCGCAGGAUCCGGCCCAAGAAGCCGGCGGCCAUCUACAUGCUGAACCUGGCGUCCGCCGACCUGCUCUUCGCCGCGCUGCUCCCCUUCAAGAUCGCCUACCACUUCUCCGGCAACGACUGGGUGUUCGGCCCCGUCAUGUGCCGCGUGGUCACCGCCGCCUUCUACUGGAACAUGUACUGCUCCGUGCUCCUCAUCGCCAGCAUCAGCGUGGACCGCUUCCUCGCCGUGGUCUACCCCAUGGACUCCCUGGCUUGGCGGAGGCCCCGGAACGCCAACAUGGCCUGCGCCGCCGCCUGGAUCUUAUCCUUCGCCGGCUCGGUGCCCCUCGUCCUCUCCGACCAGACCUUCCACCUCAAAGACUUGGACAUCACCACCUGCCACGAUGUCCAGCACGCCGACGAUCUGAUCCGCCGCUACAAGUUGUACUUCGUGGCCCUCAGCGUCGCCCUCUUCUUCGUGCCCCUGCUGGUCACCGCCGUGUCCUACGCCCGGGUCGUCUGGUCGCUGAGCAGGGUGCCGCGCGGCUUCCCGGGACGCUCGCGCCGGAGGUCGAGAGCGGUGGUGAUGGCGCUGACCGUGCUGGUGAUGUUCGUGCUGUGUUUCACGCCCACCAACUGUCUGCUCCUGGCGCACUACCUGCAGUUCAACGAGGGAGUCGCGGGGACCCGGGAGGCCCCCGACGGCUCCUACGCCGCCUACCUGGUGUUCCUGUGCGUGGGGAGUCUCAACUGCCUCCUGGAUCCCUUGGUCUACUACUUUGGGUCGUCCCAGUGCCAGAGGCAGCUGCUGAGCGCCCUCGGGUGCAAGAAGGCCGCAGAGGGAAGGGGCAGCAGCCAGUCGGCGUCGAGCUCCAGCCGAUCCAUUAGCGGAACAAUUCUGAAGUCCAGCCGUGCAGAGAGCUCUAAAAUAUACACUCCGGCCCCCAAGAUGGACUCUUUCCAAGGCAACCUCAGCAGCCAAUACAAGAAGCUGCUGGUCUGACGGACUCUCGUUGAGCAGGAGAACUGACUCCUUUAUUCACAUUCAUAAACCAUGGAAGUAUUUUUAUAAUGAAGGCCAAGUAACGGCAAAUAAGGAGCACAAAGCCAAUAUCUUUAUUUUUCUUUCAGAAGGAAGGGAUGAAUGACUGGCUUGGUUUCAUCGCAAUGCAAUGACAGAAAAGCCUUUUGAGAAAAGGAAGGAAGAAAGGAAGUUGAGAUGAGAUAAGAAAGUGAUUUCUAGAAUCCUGCUGGACAGUGUUUUUAUAUAUUUACUUUGCACUGUAGAAAGAAUAGCAUGUACUUUGUAUAUGCUGCACGUGAAUCUAGGUAUUGCAUUUAAUGGAAGGACACUACUUGCUAUUGUAUUUUUUUUCUAAGAAGCUUAUGUUUUUACAUUUGAAAAGCUGUCAAGUUUUUUUUAUUUUUUAAAGUUUUUAUUUUUUUAUGUUUAGUCUGAGCAAUUAAUUAUUUUUUAAUUAUAUAUAUCUAGAUAGCUAUCUCUCUCUAUAUAUAUAUAUAAAUAAAUACAAUUAAAAUAUUAUUUAAUCUCAUUGUGAUAUUGUUUUAAAGGUAACGCGUCAUGUAUUGCAUGCUGCUCUCUGCUGGUUAGACGUGUGAAGUACUUCGCGGUGUCUUCGACCAGUCAGGCUGUUCCUCCUCCGGCAGUCAGCGCUACAACACAGUUAACAAAGGAAACCUGAGCACUCGCCUCCUCUUUCACUGCUUUGUAUUCGCAGUCAUGUGACCGUGUAACCCGACUCCUGACUGAAUAAAUACUCUUUGAAUCGUUCAA